UACGGCACAGUUCGCGAACGGUUGUGUUGGUCACGUGUGUUUUUCAGUUGGGAUGCAACGACUAAUCGGUAAAGGAUGUUAGCACGUAGCUAAUGUUUAUAUUUCUCGAUUAAAAAUGGCAACCACUAUGAUAGCAGUUGGUCUGACAGUUGCUGCUGCAGCAUUUGCAGGCCGCUAUGUUGUUAAGGCUAUGAAGCAUGUGGAACCUGCUUUGAAACAAACUAUUCAAAGCCUGCCCAAGUCGGCUUUCAGUGGAUACUACAGGGGUGGAUUUGAGGCUAAAAUGACUAAGAGAGAAGCAGCUCUUAUUUUGGGAGUGAGUCCUACAGCUAAUAAAGUUAAGAUUCGAGAAGCACAUAGAAGGAUCAUGGUGCUCAAUCACCCAGACAAAGGUGGAUCUCCUUACCUUGCAUCUAAAAUCAAUGAAGCUAAGGAUUUACUGGAUUCUCAGAACAAAAAAUGAUUUUGCAUGAAGACAGUUGAACUAUCACAGCAGUGAGGAUAUAUUAUGGUUUAUGGUGUGCUAAUAGGCUAAUUUAAUCAUGUAAUAAAGAACCUACAUUUAAA